GUUGGGGCUGUCUUGCUGUGGGGCUCACCGUUAGCCGAGCAGUCGAAACACGCAGCUUGAGGCGAGCGGUUCUUGCGCGCGCUUCCAAACCGCCUAACUACCUAACUCUUUAACAGCGAGCAGCUACUAACCCACAGCAGAAGCUCAGUAGAAGUCGUUAUCGCAUCGAAAUCGUUAAAAUCGUCGCGAACGCAGAGUUCUGAGAGUGUUGUGCCCAUAGAGAUUGAAAGACAAAUGAUAUAAUAUUUAAAGAAUAAAAAACAGUACAUAAUUGUGAAGAAACCUGGCUGAUUGAUCGAGUGUAGGCGUUACAAGUACCAUUCUGAUUUGCUCUCGGGAAUAAAUCCAGCACCUAUCAGGGAACUUACGGAUACCCAAACGACGUAUUGCACUUGGAAGCAGGAGGAAACGAAUCAAGCGAGCAGACCGACAAGAUGAUUUCUCGCCGCAAGAUCAUAUCGCGCUCCCUGGACAAUUUGGAUGCCAUCGGGCAGGAAGAGCAGGAGGAAGACGUCUGGCACGAUCGCGAAAAGCUCUUCAGGGAUCACAUCAACGAGGUUCUGUCCAAGUGGGAGCAAAUCGACGACGAGAUCUGGGCCAAGAUAAUUGUCUUCGAGAAGAACCGGCGCGUGGCCAAGGCCUACGCCCGCUCCUCUGUGAUAACCAUAAAUGGAUCUAAGAAUGGAUUCGAUGGAGUGCGCAUUGGACUGAAUGGCUUCGAUAAUCCCAUGCGCGAUGCCGAGACGAAGGUAAUCAAAAAGUCCAUCGGCGAUGGAUUCAAGAUCAAAAUGGACGACACCGGCAACAUAUUCAUCAAGCGGUAUGGCAAGAGCAGCAUCUACGUGAAUAGCACAUCGCAGGGCAACGAGGAGACGGUGAUUGGCGGCGACAUAAUCCAAAUGCCGCAGAUGUCCCUCACCGCAGGCACCUCCGCUCGACUCUUCGAUAUGAAGAAGUUCCAGACGAACAUAAACCGCGAGUUUGCGCGCACUUAUCCGGAACGCGGAAGGCUGGAACGGCAGUGCCUGUCCGCCGUAUCGCUGGUCAAGUCGAACAAUAAUCUAAUCAAUUCUCCGGUCUGGAUACUCGUGGUCAAUGUAGUGGCCAUGGACAUGCUGAGGAGUCGCCUCCAAACGAUUCCCAAGUCACUGGAUGCGAUGGGCAUGCGAGUGCCGCUGACGAACAGCAGCGAGGAUCCCUACUCCACCAUCGAAAGCCAGGUGGGAUUAAUCUAUCCCACGCCCGCCGCCUCGGAUGAUUCCCAGAACUCCCAGCACUCGAGCAACUCCAGCAAGGGACGGCGCAGCAUCUUCAGUGCCGCCUUUCUCAACGAGGGUCCAUAUGUGCCCAAGCCCGACUACGAAUCUGGCGGAUCGUUGACGCCCAUCUAUGCGGACAAGAAGCGACAGAAGAGCAGCGGGUCGCAGCAGCGUAAGAAGCAGGACGAUCCGUACUACUGCGGCCUCCUGGCGCGGAUUCCCAACUUUAUCAAGUCCUCGAAGCAACCGUGCCCCGGAGGAGCCAGCAAGCCCAAGAAGGAGCCAAAGAUCUCGCGGAAGAUCUCGGCACAGCACCAGCAACAGCAGUUCCUGCAGCCGGCGCAACCCAUUCCCAUUGCCACCUUCCACCACUCGUACUUCCCCUACAAACUGUAUCCACCGCAGCACCGUCUCUCCCAGUCGCAAAUGUCCCUCUGGGAUGCACGUAGUCUGAUCAGCGCACAUGAAUGAUCACUUUGGCUGGCCCUAAUUUAUUCAUCGUCUAGCGUUAAUUCUACACUUAUUUAGUCAAAGCCUACGAUUAAGUUUGGUCAGUGGAGGAUCAUCGGUUCACUGGAUCACUGUGGAGUGCAUUUCGCUCAGUUUUGUGAUAAAUGCAGCGAAAUGUAGCCAUUUAGCGUACACCACUUAAUACGCACUAACUUUAAUUAACCGCAGUUGACUUUAAGUCAAGCAGAGAGAUUUAAUGAUUAUGCAAUUUGUAAUGAGUAAUUAAAAUUUUGCCAUAGUUUCUUAAAUCGUUUAAGACUGAAAGAAUGUCCUAGAGCCCACGAUAAGCGCACGGAGAGUUUGGCGGAGAUUCAGGAUGGGGGCAGAUAAUGUCAUAUGCAAAUUAAUUGCUACUUUAGGCAAGUUCGAUUUAUUGUUUUCUUAUUAUUUUUCUGUACAUACACUUCAUAUGUAAAUAAGUUCAAAUUAAAAACAUGUAAUCGAUAUUAGUACGCAUUAAAAGAGAGUUAUAAAAGUCAA